AGCCCCAACUUUAGAUCAUGGGAUGUCGGGGAAAACACUUCGCCACCCGCGGAACUGGCGAUAGGCUGCGGUGGCGAGUGACACUCGAUGACUACGAGCAUUGUCCUCGGUCGGCUAACUCCCAAAAUCCUUUCUGCCGAAUCAAAACGAAUAAUAACGGGCUUCUCUGAACUUUCUCCAGUGGUGUGGCGUAGGAAGCUUGGGCCUUGACAAUUGGAGGGCCUGUCCGGCAGGGGGUUUCUCAUCCCCCGGGGCGAUGGCAGACAGCUCAAGCGAUAGACGGUGCAAACCCGAUUUCCAGAGGGCAUAAUAUGGCCCUCCCCUCGGUGCCUUAGUUGAGGUAUGAUAUGAUAAUAAUAUUAUGAUAGAUAUACUUCUGAUGUACGAAUGCGUAACUGCUUUCAUGAAGUUUCCCCUAACCCAUUAUAAAGCCUACUGGUAUAGAACAUCUUCACAUAUCCGUUUCUUUCUGGGUGGCCGCUGUGAUCGAGCUUGUUGGAAAACUCCUGGCGUUGAGCGAUUCCCGCCCCGCUACCUAUUAGGCCGCGUCUUUAUCCAACAUACUCCUAUCAUACAGUUUAAGGCAUACAAUGCACUCUUUUUGCGCAUAUAUAUCGGUACCCUCCCAUCUUUAACUCACGGUCUUCAUUGAUCAUCCCAAUACUUCGCUCUUAUAACUAUCUCCCGCCCCUAUCUUUUAAAGGAACAUUCAACUCCCAUCCAGGCCCUUUCAUUGAAGGUCAAUUCCGCCAUGUCAAAGAAUCCCGCAACUAUACUCUCGUCGAAGUACAAAAUGUUAGACAAAUGCUCCCUGUUUUCGAAAUUGUCGCUCCUGGAUCCCAUGGUUAACCUUUGUCUACCAGAUUUAUGUUUGACGGAAUAGUCACUUUGUAUCUCGGGCCGGAUCGCAAAAAAAUGGAGAUACAUAAAAAACUCCUCGCGAGCGUGUCCCUGGAACUCGACAAACACGUCAACAACUGCAUGAAAGAGGGCAUCGAAGGCAUAAUAUACUUUCCGGACGAGGGGGAAUUUGCUCUCUCGCUUUUUGCAGAAUGGGCAUACACUGGAGAAUACACCAUUAUGGACAAUACACCACUUGUCAGAAUCCCAGAUCAAUACGGCAACUACUCGGAAGUGAAGGCAGAUCCAUGGCCUAGCCUUCGCACGCACCUUGAGCUCUACACUUUCUCGGACAAAUUUAACAUACCCACAUUAAAGCUGCUCGCAAAGUCGAAAUUCUCUACGGAGAUCAGCCCCGUCGAUCUGAAGGGCAAGGCUGAUGCGGACGGCCUAACUUCGCUAGUAGAGUACGCGUACAACAACCUCCCGGACUCCGACCCGAUCCAGAAAUUCCUAGCGCAAUUUGCUGCUUGGAAAUUGGAGUUGCUUCAGGAGAGGGAUGAAUUUGUUCAAUUCAUCUCUACUCAGCCGGAGUUUAUGAAGGAAUUGCUUGUGAAUUUGAAAGGUCUAGCGAAUAGGCCAGCCCUUGCUUGAUGGCAAGGGUCUGAAAAUUGUGGCUACGAGUUCUUGAUCUUCAUUUUUUUACAGUAAUAAGACACCUUGUACUCUUGCAGCGGGUCGGACACAUCUCUUUUAUAAUUCACACAAUCGCAAGAAUUGGCCUCAUCUCCACAGCGCGCACACCUCCGGCCUGCCAUUCAGCAGGGACUUUUCCCGUCCCAUCUUUUCCCUUCACACAUCCUCACCCGCUACCUCAACCUAGAACCCCAACAAUCAAAAUCGACAAGCUAUGCUGUAAUCUGCGAUCCCCCCCAAAACAGCAUUUCCCAACCCAAAGCUUCGCACCACAAGACCCUCUCUUAGGAACAGUAAAUUCUAUUCCUAUUCUAUUCCUAUGAUUCCCUCGUGGAAAAAGAACCAAUUUUUCGGGUUCGUAAUACGCCAUAUGGCUUGCUCCUUAACCCUAACCUUAGGCAAAGCACACCAUCUGUACCUAGAGCGCAGCUUGUCCGAGCCUCGCUUGAUAUCAGAUCCUGAUCCCAACGAACGGUGACCCCAGGCU